AUGUACGCCAACCAGGCGCCCUCCAGGGGACGUAGCGUCCCGCCAGGCUUCGCCCUUGCUACGCCGUGCUCUGCAUCUUGCUAUGCGCCGCUCUCGUCCACUCCACCCUCAGCGGGCCCGCAAGGGUCUCCUGCAGUCACGGCGGACCAGCAACAUCGCGCCGAGGCGCUGCGCGUGAAGAGAGAGAGGCAACGCGUCGCGUCUCGCAAGUACCGGCAAAGGAAACGGGAGCAGCUGCAGGCGGCGGCGAGUCAACUUCUGCUGGCCUCUCCGUCGCUGACUGCCUCCUCGUCCCUUCCUCAGUGUACCGACCCUUCUCCGCAUUUCCACGUGUCGCAAAGCCUGUCCAGCGCGUCGACGCUGGACCCCGUUCCUCCGCCCUUUGGCGCGGUCCCGCCUGGGGACGUUUCGCACGGAGGUGGGCACGCGUCGUUUUUCGUCGCGGCCGGACACCCUGAGGUCGUCGAGACUGGGAAAGGCGCGUUCCACUUCACAGGCAGUCCCGUCAACGCGCCAAGCGCCAUCUCCAGCGCUCCUGUCCACUCUCAGUUUCUCCCCUCGCACGCCAACGUGGUGGGCGAGCCAAGCGGGAGAUCUGUCGCGGCUGCGCACCCGUCUCCGUCUCUCUCGCGAGAGUCCUUGGUGGGCGGUGCACCGAGGCCCGGAGGUGGCCGGCCUGGGCCAGCGAAAAAGUGGAAAAGCGCGAGCGCUGCACACAACGACACUUUUCUUCCGAGUCCCUCUUCGUGCCCCGCCCCCUCGCCGUCGCCCCUCCUGUCCCCUGUCUCCGCUACGCCCACCCUCCACUCCUUCUCGCCCCUCUCCUUUGUCUCCUGUUUUGCCUCGUCCAGUGCGUGCGCGCAGCCCGGGACUCCCUCAGGGGCCGAGUCCGCGCAGGCGCCAGGAGACGCGACGGGCCCGGCCGCGUCGCCUACAGCGGCCUCCCCUGUUUUUCAAAACGGGGCGAUUCUCGCGAACGUCUACGGGGCGUCGGGGACAAACCCUGUGCUCGUGAAUGGAAACGCGGUGCCUGCAGCGCCUGGGAGUUCCCCGGUAUGCAUGGGCGACAGAGAGGCAGGCAUGCAAGACUCGGCCGGCGUCCUGGCGAGCACAGUGGGCGAUGCGAGGGUGCUGCCCGCGUCCGCGUUGGUGCUGAGCGAUCCCCAUGGCAACGGCCUCAGCACGGGCCAUCCCGACGUGAAGCCUGCUUUCGCCCCGCCAAGCAUGGCAUCUGCGUGCCUGUCGCAGAUUUCGGCAGGCGCGAAUGGGCUGGGCAUCGGGCCGGAGCUCCACGCACCUGGAAUCGGGCCGGGCGGCGCCUUAGCCUCCGAGGCCCCGCAGGAUGGAGCCCGGAGAGCCGGCGUCGAUCCGGAGGGCCACAGCGUCGCUGCGGCGGGUGUGGGGUUGCCGGGAGGCCGAACACGCGCCGCUGGGCCUCCGGGGCCUGGGGACCGGGCGGUGACACACACAAACUUUGCUGCCGAGGGCGCAGUCCGAGCCGACAGAGAGAAGGAGAGCGAAGGGGUGGCGGAAAACGGACGUCAGAAAGGGGCUGGACCCGGCGCCGCUGACUGCUACGUGUUUCCGACCACUGUGAUGCCUUCGCAUCAGCCAGGCGUUGCGACUUCUCAGGCGCGUUUUCCUCUUGAGAUGCCGCCUGCCUCUGCUUCGCCCCAUAUGGAGCAACUCCACUUCCAAUUCCAGCACGUGCCUCAUCCGAUGCAAAUGAGUCAUCUCCAGUCUCUGCGCGACUCCUCGCUCAGCGCUUCGGACGUCUCUUCGCGUCCGCCCGGAGACCCAGGCCUGUCGCGGGGCGAGACGCCCACGCCGCAGGGAUCGUUUCAACAGCCGCUCCGCGACGUGCCUGCUGGCCACAGAGACUGCGCAGACGAAGCGAGCAGACAUCGGAUCGGCAGCGGGAGCGACGGAGGCGCGGCAGGCCGCGGAAUGCUGGAGCAAGAAGGCGCGAGUCUUCCCGGGAACGGUCUCCGAGAGGAGCCCGUGGACGGGACGCGAUGCGGCUUGCCGUCGUCUGGGCAGGGCCCUGUCGACAGGUCGCGGCAUUCUCAGAGCUAUUCUGCGACGGCGCUGGCGCCAAUUGAUCUCGAGGGAAAUCUGCAGCCUUCGCCGAUGAAUCGAGUCCCCAGCAGCGAUGUCGGCCAUGCCUCUGGAGCCGGGGGAGGCCGAAGAUUCGAGACUGGGUCGUCUCUCCGUCCUCUCUCCCACUUGCCUCCGCUCUCCGCUCCGGCAUCCGCGCCCAGAGGCAGUUCAGCUCUGCGCUCGCCGCCUCAACGAGGCCCGGCUCUCCAAGCGAACUCCAAUCUGCAUGCGCAUGCACCUGUGCAGCCAGCGUAUGGGCUGUCGGAAGGUCGCCGCGGCGUUCCGACGUCUCCCUCGUUUCCUGGAUUUUCUGGAGCGCCGGGCAGGACCGCUCUUCUGCCCCUCUCGCUUGGCGGGUCCGCGCCAUGUGCAAAUGCUCGACGGGUCGCGCAUGCUCACUGCCUAGCCAGCGGCGCAGGCCUCGGAGCGGCGGGGCCCGCAGGCCGGCGCGUGAAUGAGCGAGGGGCGGUCUGGGGUUCUCGGCAGUUGGUGCUUAAACUGCGCGAACUGCACCGGUCGGCGUCGCAUCUCACGAUGCAGACGAUGAAGGAGAUGGCUGCACUGUGUGAAGAGGUGGUUCGGAAGGGCGAGAGAGAAAAGUGGGCUCGCGCGAUACGCGGGGAAGGCGAGCGGGACGCGCGGCUGCGGCGGGGCCUUCUCAGAGAGGCGCGGCUGUUGGUCAGAGAAAGCGAGGAAAUCGUUUCCAAGGGAGAGAGAGAGACAUCGCGAAGUCGGAAAGAAGAGACGGAGUGA